AGCGUCAGUGACUUUGCGUUCGCCGGUCAGACCGGAUCUCUACACAAAACGUGCAGUGUUGUUACUUCGACUAAUUUUUUUUCAUUUAAUCAUAUAGUAUCAGUAAUUAAAUGAUUAAUUAUUAUCUGUGACAAAAUCAUUUUGCUAGUAAUCAUAAAAAAUAAUUAAUUCCAAAUUUUGAAUACUUUAAAGUUUGUUUUUUUUAAAGAUUUUUAUCGCUAUUUUUUUAGAGUUAUCUUUUUAAAAAGUAGGAUCUAGAUUUGGGAAUUUUAGUCUAUAAUCCGAAAAAAAUGAAUACUUGGAAAAAAAAAGUUAAAAUGAUAAAAAGGUUUAAAUGUUUGCCGUAAAAUACGAGAAUUCUUAAAAAACAACGAAGAAUAAAAUUAUAAACCCCAUAGAUAAUCAAAUCACAGCUCAAGCACAAAAAAGUGUCGUAGCAGGGCGCGUGAGUGUACAGCUGAGUCGAUAAAUUCGAUUUUUUUCUUUUUCUGUGAUGAAAAUACCGAUCAACCGAUUAGAAUAUUAAAUAGUUUUUCGAGUUUUGUGAAAAUAUCAUAAAUAUGUUUAUUCUGAAAAUAAAUAAUGGAAUUGACAAGAAUUCAAGUGAAACAGGCCUGCUUUUAUGGCUCGCUAUUAAACCAUAUUUAUUGUUUUUCAAGAAUGUCUAAUAAAUUUGAUUAUUUUUGAAUGUGCAAAGUGCAAAUAACGUACUGUUUAUGAAUCAUACAUGGGUUUUUCAGCGGUCUGAAUUCCAAUGAAUAUUAAUUCAAGAUUUAAAAAAUAGUUUCGAAAUUAUAAAUUAUAAUUGAAUAGAUUAAAACGAACGGAGUUGAUGAAUAACUUAAAUGAAUAUCAGUGAAUGGUAUGUAGAAAGAAUGAUACAUUAAUUGAUAAGUUUUGUGUUUAAUCUGUAUCAAGUUUUUUAAAAAUAAACUUUAGCAAUAAAAGUGACAACAGAGUGAGCAACCAAGCGCGUCUGUUCUCCAUUACUCACUAGAGAUUCUGUCCGCGCGUGCAUGACCGAUUCGUUAGUUCUCUGGUCGAUCCGGUUGGUUCUCCAGCCCACUGCAGAAAAAUUGCACAAAAUUACAACUCAGUAAAUGAGAAAGAAAGCCAACAAGGGUAGGUAAUUACACUAAUCCUACUUUGUCCUUGCUACGUUCCGUUGCACUUGGCAAUUGAUUGUCGUUUGAAAGAGAGAUAGAUUCACUUUUUGUAAAAAUGUAUUCAUUUUAUUCAAAAAAGUGAUACAUCGAUACAAUUGUUGAUAAAAAUUAUAAAUAACGAUAAAUAUUUGUUGGAUGAUGAAACAGUAUUUAAUAAAGUGAUUCAACAAUUGGAAUGUGCAAAAUUAUUGCGAAGAAUUUACCAAGAAAGUGACAGUGGCUCAGACUCCUAUUGGAUGUAAUUGAAGAAAUUACGUCGGAUUUGCAUCAUUGGAAAUUUAUAAAUUUGUCUGUUACCAUAAAAAAUUUCUGAGAGUUAUUACAACUCACAAAAAAAAAAUUAGUAAUACAUCUACUACCUCUCAUACGCAUAACUCAACCUAGGGGGAACUGAUAUAUUGAGGCCUAUUUAUUAAUAGUGAAAAUUAGUAAUUGUAUUUACAUGUGAUAAAUAAAAGUAAUUAUAAUUAUUGGAAAAACUUUGAUUAUUAAUUAUUGAUAAUUGUCAAUAAUUAUUAAUAAAAGAUAUAAAAUAAAAAAUGUCAUCAAACAGUGAAUUUUCGACAAUGUCGAGUGGAGAAGUACCCUCUCUACCGAAAUCACUUCCUAGCUCGAGAGAAGCUACGGCUGAGGGUAAUUCUAGCUCUGCAGGUGGUUUUAUACCUCUACGUGACUUUCUUGAUCGUUUUUCAUUACCAAGAGUUGUGAGACUAGAAGGAACUGGUGGACGUCCUGUUUUACUUUAUAAACAGCAGCAGCGAUCACUUAGAGUCACAGCAACCCUUUUAAUACAUAGAUAUCGUCACGAUGUCAAGGUUGGGCCGGAAAUUGUUAUUCCCGAGGGUUAUCCGGGGUGGUUUUCCGUAGUCUCUGGUAAUAAUGCGAUGGGAAGCGCAAGAGUUUACAGACGGAUUGAAAGUCUUGUACGAGGUGGAGUACCAGCUUUCCUCUUAGCAGCACCACUUCGAAGCUACACUCUUACACACUCCAAGAUGGAAGACGGAAAUCUACGUGCUCAUUAUACCAAGACAAUAAUACAGGCUGGCGAGGUACUACGCUUAAUAGCAGUCUUUCAAGAUACCAGAAAAUGCAGUUCAAUACCCUUUGGAAUAACAGGAGGUACAUCGGAAAAAGACCAAUAUGCUCAAUGUUUAGAUUCCCAUGGUCGCGAAGUAUUUGUCGCUUUAUCAACUCGAGGUGAAUUUUAUGCAAUAUGCCAGAGUAGUAAUGCAGAUAACGGAAAUGACGCUGUUCUUUAUAGAGUUCAUCACUUAGCAAAACGUGCUCUUCCUCUAAGGGUCCGAUUAAUAGCUGGGCCACUACCUAUCCCACUACCGAGAGAAUACGGAGGUCUGAUGCAAUUAGAAGCAUCAACGAAAGGUUCCAUUGUUCUUGGUUGUAUUGUACCGGAGAGACCAGUUCCAAAUCCUGAAAUGCUAGAACUCGUAGUAUCGGGUAAUGGAGCACCUCGAGUUCGUAGAGCACAACUUGGUUAUCCAUCAGAAGCACGACUACUAACAUCGCCAAAGAUGCAACGAUUAUUAUCGGCUUGCAGUCGGGCGGUCGGUGAUCGUGCUACAGAACCACGAGUGGCGCCACAGAAACUUCAUGCUAGUAGUAUUAGUAAUAAUAGUCUUGGUGAAGGAUCAAAAGAAAUGCAUUUAAAAAAAAUAAAACCCAAACCGGAAACUAAACCAGUGCUACAGAGUUUGCGUGAAGGUCUUGAACAGUUUAAAAAAUCAACUGUUCGUGAGCAUAGUCAAACUCGUCAAAAUUCAUCAAAUAGUUUCUUAGAGAAAAUAACUAAAUUGACUUAUGUUGGAGGUGGACGUAGUAGAAAUCCAGCCAAGAAAUCAGCAUCAUUCACUUUUGCUACUAAGCCAGAAGUCGUUGUCAAAGCCAAGGAACGAUAUUCAAGUCUUGAACCAGAUACUUCGUCGCAAAAUCAUUCUCAUCAUUCCAAACAACCAGUACAGAGGUCUAUAUCCACGAGUUUUCUGGAAACACCUCCAGUAAAAGUUGAACUUGAGCCAAAUUAUGCACGGGUAUGUGAUAGUUUAACACCUUUGACGAUAACACCUCAAUCUAAAGUGAUAUGUACUAAAACAGAUGAUUUGUACACUGAAAUUUGUGAAACAAAUUCUAAUAAAAAAAUUCAAGAGUUUCCUGAUAAUCAUGUAAUUGCUAGGAUAAAAAUUGUUGUAAAAAGUAAUGACUCUUAUCAAGAAAACGGAAGAGAGGAAAAAUAUGCCAACUCUUUAAUUGCACCCCAACAUAUCGAUUCUGAUGUCAGUAUCGAAGAUAACGAACUAUAUAACACAAUUUUUUGAUAGUUCGACAAUUUUUAGUUAAGUUGUUUAAAUAAUUCAGUAUAUCAAUUGUUUUGUGAGUAACUAGGACAAUUAUAACAGUUUAUAUAUAUAUUUUUUUUACAAAUUGCCAUUUGAUUGUCCUUAAUUAAUCUGUAUUAUGUUACAUAAUUUUUUAUUGUACUAAUAGAAUAUUAAAGUUUGAAUCUGUAAAUAACAUAAUAAAUAUAAGUCUCUAAGACAUUAUAAUUGUAGUUUUUGCUAAAAUGCAUCAACUAUUUUUUAUUAUCAUAAAAACUUUUAAUGUAAGCCAAAUAACUUUUUGUUAA